AUGUCAGUUUCGAGUGCUCACCCGGUCAAUAUUUUCCAAGGCCAGCGGUUCUGGCUCUCACGGGAAGUGCCUCAGCGAUCGAGGUUCAAAGACCUCAUCACGAAACAUGGCGGCGUGAUUGUCUUGAUGGAGAAUGACGCCGAUGUCAUGUUGGUUGAUCAUGCAAAAAAGAACAUCCCCACUGGCUGUCAUUCCUACAAGUAUGUCGAGGAAUCUAUUCGCAAAGGCCAAGUUGCGGAUCUGGAUGCACAUCGCGCUGGCUCCUUUAGACCCCGUGCAAUGGGCGCAUCAAAUAUUCCCAAGCGGGGCACCAAAUCCGUUUACACCUUGGAAGAUGAUCAGCUCCUUUAUGACUUCCUCUACCCCUUUGAGCAGGAAGAGAAUGCCCCUAUACACGGCAAUAAAAUUUACCAGCUACUAGAAAGAAGGUUUCCCAAACAUCCCUGGCAAUCUUCAAGAUCUCGGUAUUUGAGAAAGUUGCGUGGCAACCCUCGUCCUGGUGGUGGCGCUCCUAGGACAGAUCUCUUGCUAUCUGAGCCUCACGCAGAGCCACAGGACGAGGCACCAAGAUCGACCACACCAUCAAGGCGGGCUACUCCGUCGAUACCCACUAUGGCGCCAGCACAGACUGUGUCAUCUAUUCAACAAAACCUCAUACCGCCCCAACCCAGCUCCUCAAUAAGUCACAUCGACAAACAAUCAAAGCCCAAAAGAAAAUACAGCCCGGCGCAUGAAGCGCCAUCAGCACCACAGGCCUCGCCUUCUAAAAAGAGGGCAGUUGCAGGAUCCCGACACAGAGACAAUCCUCGACAAGAUUCUCCUCGACAACCUCUUGAGCCUAUUACACGACCACCCGCAUUGGUAAAACCCAUGCCGGUAUCAAAACGGCAGCGCAGUGCUUCAAUACAGGAAGUGCAACAGAACCUCAACAGCACCGGGAACCUCAAUAGGGCCGAGGAAGAAGGCGCUAUGCUUUUUAUAGAGUUGCCAUUCUUACCUUCCCCACCGGAGCCCGUCAAUGAGUCUUUCGACGAGGAAAAUGACGGCAGAGGCAGUGAGAGCGGGGAUAACAACUUAAUCGGCUGGGUCGAGGCACAGGUAUCACGAGGCUUCGAGGAUGCUGUCAUAGAUGAUGCCCUGUGCUGUACAACUUUGAAUUGCAAGCUCGCUGGGAAGAUCUUGAACAUACUGGCUGCUGGGAACCCCAUUCCUAAUGACAUACGCGGGGUGUGGACUUCCAAGGAUGAUGAAGACCUGCAAGGAUCCAAUGGCCGCGAGGUCGAGCGAGUUCUCAAAAAGCAUGGUGAACGUUCAUUAAGUGAAAGGUGGAACUAUCUCAGUGAGGCAAGGGAGAGAGACAUGAUUUAA